UCCACCCCCCAGCCAGGCGAGGCAGGUUCCGAGGUCGCAACACCUGGCGAGUCCUCGGUGUCGGUGGCCGGCAGUCAUCUCGCGGCCGUUCAGGUGAGGGGGUUGGAGGAGUGGCUCAUGAGCGAGGAAGGCGGAGCAGGCGGGCUCCCACCCGGUGCUCCGUGAGAUCGAGGGGAGCGGGUUCGGGGUGCGGAUGCGCGCGCUGGGCGGGACGCUGGCAGUGGUACCCGAGAGGGGGCGGAAGGAGACUGGAGUCAAGCUGGGCCUAGGCUAAGGUGCGCCUAGGCUAAGGUGCGCCUAGGCUAAGGUGCUAGAAAGGAUGAAAACGGAGUGAAAUUCUUAAGUGAUGGAACUAGGCUAGGGCAUGUUUCUUGCCCUUUAAAAUGUGUUGUCUUCGGGAGACAGGACGUAGAAGACAGUUGCAGCACAGGGUGAUAGACUGGCGAAAGUUAUACAAAAGCAGGAGCCACUAGGAGGAGAAUUAUAAGGCUGUCUGCAGAGAUUUGAAAAAUGGCAACAAAUGAAAGUGUCAGCAUCUUUAGUUCAGCAUCCUUGGCUGUGGAAUAUGUAGAUUCACUUUUACCUGAGAAUCCUCUGCAAGAACCAUUUAAAAAUGCUUGGAACUAUAUGUUGAAUAAUUAUACAAAGUUCCAGAUUGCAACAUGGGGAUCCCUUAUAGUUCAUGAAGCCCUUUAUUUCUUGUUCUGUUUACCUGGAUUUUUAUUUCAAUUUAUACCUUAUAUGAAAAAAUACAAAAUUCAAAAGGAUAAGCCAGAGACAUGGGAAAACCAAUGGAAGUGUUUCAAAGUUCUUCUCUUUAAUCACUUCUGUAUCCAGCUGCCUUUGAUUUGUGGAACCUAUUAUUUUACAGAGUAUUUCAAUAUUCCUUAUGAUUGGGAAAGAAUGCCAAGAUGGUAUUUUCUUUUGGCAAGAUGCUUUGGUUGUGCAGUCAUUGAAGAUACUUGGCACUAUUUUCUGCAUAGACUCUUACACCACAAAAGAAUAUACAAGUAUAUUCAUAAAGUUCAUCAUGAGUUUCAGGCUCCAUUUGGAAUGGAAGCUGAAUAUGCACAUCCUUUGGAGACUCUAAUUCUUGGAACUGGAUUUUUCAUUGGAAUCGUGCUUUUGUGUGAUCAUGUAAUUCUUCUUUGGGCAUGGGUGACCAUUCGUUUAUUAGAAACUAUUGAUGUCCAUAGUGGUUAUGAUAUUCCUCUCAACCCUUUAAAUCUGAUCCCUUUCUAUGCUGGUUCUCGGCAUCACGAUUUCCACCACAUGAACUUCAUUGGAAACUAUGCUUCAACAUUUACAUGGUGGGAUCGAAUUUUUGGAACAGACUCUCAGUAUAAUGCCUAUAAUGAAAAGAGGAAGAAGUUUGAGAAAAAGACUGAAUAAAUAUCUCACGUAAACCUUCCUGAAAGAUAAACGUUUUCCUGAAUUCAGAAACUAGUAGCUAACAUUGCUUCUGGAGAGCAGAAAUAAGCAUGUUUUCUGGCUACUAAGUGAUAAAAAGAACAUUAACAACCUUUAAUUACCUUCCUAGUGGGAACUUUUUCUACUUUACCUACAAGUUCUAUAUAUGUAGAAAUGAAUAAAUAUAUAUUUAAGUACAGUUUUCAUGAGGAAGUUUUAAAAGGCCAUGUUCCUAAGCGUGCAAGAAGGUUUUGCAUACUAGAAGUAUUAAUCUAUGGCUUUUCUCCCAGUAAAACCAUAGGCCUGAAGUUGACAUUGGUCUUUAAAUCUUUUAGAUAUAUACUGGUCAUUUCAGAAAAUUCUUCAUAGUGGUAUUGGUCUUAUAUUUAGCUUUUUUUUAUUUUUUUAUUUUUUAUUUUUGAGACGAAGCCACACUCUGUCUCCUUGGCUGGAGUGUGGUGGCACAGUCUCAGCUCACUGCAACCUCUGCCUCCCAGUUCAAGCAAUUCUCCUGCCUCAGCCUCCCAAGUAGCUGGGAUUACAGGCAUCCGCCACCACACCCAGCUAAUUUUUGUAUUUUUGUAGAGAUGGGGUUUCACGAUGUUGGCCAGGCUGGUCUCAAACUUCUGACCUCAAGUGAUCUGCCCAUCUUGGCCUCCCAAAGUGCUGGGAUUACAGGUGUAAUCCACUGCGCCCAGCCUUUUUAACUUUAAACAUGUUUUAGAAUUUGCCUAAAGAUCAAAAUAUCAUGGAUUGAACCUCAUCAGUUGAUAGCAGUGAGUGACUGAAGCUUCCAAAUCAAGAAAAGCCAGCACCAAUAACUUCCAUUCUAAUCUAGAGCUGACCAGUUUGAGCUGAUUCUCUCUUUGAAGAGUCCUUAUUGAUUGCAGUGCAGUACUGGCAUUUCUGAAUGGAUGUAAGUGGAGUAUUUUAGUCUAAAGGCUUUUCAAAUUACUUGAAUUUUUUUAAAAAUUGAGGAGCUUUAUUUCUAUUUACCCUUCCAUUUUUGUAUAUCAAAUUUCCAUUGUCAUUAAAAACUGUAUCUUGAAACUUUGUGAACUGACUUGCUGUAUUUGCACUUUGAGCUCUUGAAAUAAAUGUGAUUUUUGUGUGAUUAUCUGGUUUCCAGUUUUAAACAUUAACUGUCACCUUUUAUUCUUAAACUUGAAAGUACAGAAAUCAUUAAAUUAUUAAGUUGUACAAUAAAA